AUGGGCAAGCGUGGAACACCUCGAGCUUCGUGCGACCCAUGUCGUCGCAAAAAGGUCAAAUGCGACAAGGAUCAGCGCAACGCCGAAGGCAUUUCGCUGUGCUCCUACUGCUACACACGAGGCUACGAUUGCAUCAUCACGGAAGAAUCCAGGUCCAAUGCCAAUGUGUCCGACAACGAUGCCGGCCCGUCCACGGAUGCAACCACGGCGGCAUCAGCAUCGGCCAGUAAGAAGCGCAGAAAGUCAGAUGCAGACGCAAGUGGAUCCGACACCGAUGCUCCUCCCGCUCAUGCUCGUGAAGCCAGCUCUGUACCCGUUCCAGACCCUUUCAUCACGCCUGGACCGGCGACGGAGCCAGACAUGCUCAAUGUUCGUGGCCUCACUCGAUCCAUCUUGGACGAUGCCGUAUCGUCCCACUUCCGCACCACGUAUUGGUGCAAUCCUGCCGUCAACCCUCGUCACUUCUAUCCACGCUAUCGCCGCUACCUCAGCAAGCUCGACGGGGUGGCAACUUCAUCCACAGAGUACGACGCAUUCCCUCCCGCCGACAUCAUCAUCCUCGCCGCCGCCUGCGUCGGCGUGGUGCAGCUUGGAUAUGCCUCGCAUCGCUUCGACCUUCAGGCGCGCAUCUAUCGUCGUCUCGAAAAGCUGGUCUCGUCGGCGUGUACCAAGGACAUCACCGUGGCACUGGACGUGCUGGAAGCUAUCCUGCUUACCUUCGACGUACCUGCACGCACCAAGGGUGUCGACGAAGCCACCAAUCUGAGCCUCGAUGCGGGCUUUAUCCAUCCCAUGAGCCACACCAAGAUGAUCCGCCUCCUCAUUCACCACGGCUUCAACCGGUCCAAAGAGGAUCCAGUCGUCAAGGCGCAGAGACUCAAGUACCGCACGCCUGCACGCAGCACCUUGUGCGAGAUUAACGACGAACGCAUGCCGCUUGUGCUCGCAGUUGCGGCAACAAACGACAUCAUUCGUAGCUUCGAUCUCUUUGACCGACAUCAGCUCCUGCAAGAGGAUAUCGACCCCGACGCUAUGAUGGCUGACACUGGGGGUCCCAUCGGCAAUCAGUGGGCCUGGCAGCUCUCGGUCCUAGCGUCGGUGUUGCGAGCGGCCAAUCUCUCUAUCUGUGUCGCCAAGUCUCGCCGUCUCGGGAUUUCGCCUUCUGCCAUCCUCGAAGUGCUCGAGCAGUUGGACCGAUUUGAAAAGCAGAUGCCGGACGUUUUGCGAUGGAACGCAUCUCCUUCCGAGCGCAACAGCGCAUCGCUACAGGCGCUCAUUCCGCAUGACAGCACGAGCGAAGACAUCAUCUCGAUCUUGGUUCGCAAGGCGUUCCUGCAUCUUCUUCUUCUGAGUCAGUACCAGUGCAUUCAUGCUAUGGUGCGAGUGCACGGGCUGCAACGGCCGACGAAUAGCUCGCGACAAGAGGGUAACCUAUACCUGCGAGCCCGACAGCGGGUCGAUGCAAUGCUUUUGACCGCCUUCGACCGCAUGUCCGAGGUGUCACCUCAGCUAGCAGCGAUCACGGUGCCGCCUUCUUUUGCCUCGGUCAAUCUGCUCGACUACAGCUCGAUCGCCUUUCGAAGCUCGAUCAAACGCGGAGCCUACUAUGCGCUCGAGAUGGCCAAGCUGACGUACAAAGCGGGGUUGCACGAGCUCACCGCUGACCUGCUCUCGAAAGCAGGCAGGCAGAUCUAUGCGUUCAGCACCUACCAAUGUCAUCCUGACACCCAAGCCGAAGCAGCAAGGCUGCGCAAGAUCCUCUCAAGCUUGUAUACCGAUUUCGAGAUGAUUCCAGGCCUUGGUCCAACCAACGAUGUCAGGCUGCGGCACGAACGGGCACGAUUCUCGGGUGUAUUUGAGCCAGCCGCUGCCUUCCAGGAUCCGGCUGCAACAGCGGCGUUGGUGGCGGAUGUCACUGAGAUUCCGUGGAAUGAUCACGCCGGUCUGGGCGUCAGCGAGGGGACGUCGUCAGCUAUCAACGCUGCGACAUCGUGGAGCACGCCAGGCACCGAGGAUCUGUCUGCUUUCGGCGGCACGAUGAACGACUUUCUGGCGGGCUUGCCGUUUGCCAAUGCAGCUUCUGUGCCUGCAUCUGUGAGUCCACAUCCGGCCAGCUGGACGCAAAAGACACCCACCGCGGCAGGCACCGCAGCAAGUGCAGCGAGUCCCUUCGAUCUGAAUGCUUUCCUCGAGACGCAGAUGGACUCGAACACGACGACGAACGGUCGUGGUGCGCCUGCCAGCUUUUAG